AGCAGUUGCAUAUAAGACUUCAACAUGGAGUGUAUGGAGUAUGUCUACAAUUUGCUUAAAGUGAAACAUUAUAUGAUUGCAUGUGAGUGUAUUGAGAGGAAUCCCCAUUUUCAACCAAUAAUAAAAUUCUGUGAUAUUCUUAAGGAAGUUUCGGAAGAAAAGUAUGUAGGCUGUACUAAUAUUAACUUCGUUUUCUUACUGAUGUGUCGCUGUAACUUGGAUAAGCAAUUGGAACAACUAUAUAAAGCUAUCAACAGUAAUCAACAUCUUAGAUAUCUAUCUAAAAUAGUUAUGCUGUGUACCCAUUUUCAAUCAUAUUAUUCAAGAUUAGAAUGGGCACUAGGUGUAUUUAGUAUUGCAAAUGGAAUCAUUGAACCAUACAUUUCAGAGGAGACCAAUACUAAUCACUUCGAUGAAAUUAUUACAAUACAAAACGAUAUACGAUUCAAAGAGAAACUAAUGGAAUUUUUUGGGAACUCUAAUUCUCCGGUACUUCCACCAGUUGAUAAUCUCAUUUUAUUGCAAUGUCAAAGCAUAUCCUGUGGUGUUGUAAAUGAAAAUAAUCCAUCGAUGUUUCCCUACAUGUUUUUAAAUCAGAUGUUUGAAUCAGGUGAAGAAAAAAGCAUACAAGAAAUAGCGAAUAUAUUAAAGGAAGAUUGGGGUGUAAUCAAAUAUAAAGAAACCUCUUUAGGAUAUAUACUGUCCUCCUUAAGCACUACAACUGAGAAUUGUUAUUUUUUUAACAUCAAUCCAGCGUUAGUUAUUAUUAUAAAUCAUAUGAAUUUUGAGAAAUUCACUAUAAGAUCUGAAAGUAUAAACGAUAUCGAACGAUUACGAGAAGCUUUCAAAAGCAAAAAAAUUCCGUUCAUUAUUUUAAAAGAUGGCAGUGCAGAAGAAGUGAAAUCUAUUAUGUCCAAAGUGAGAAGAUUUAAUUUUACAGGAUUGAAAAAUUUAUAUAUUGUAGUAAUGUCACAUGGUGGUGAAGAUAAUAUAAUACAUACGAAGACUGAUACAUAUAAUAUCAAGGAUACUCUUUUCAAUGCCAUAAUGUCUAAUAAAACAUUAAAAAUACACAAAAAUUUGUACUUAUCAAUGCAUGUCGAGGUGCAAAGUCGUAUAGGUCGAAGGAUGGUGCGCAAGUUGUACAGAGAUUCUGUGAAGAAUUCGAAACUCCAUUUAUGA